CAUCACUCACUCCAGCAGCUGUAACUCAACACUUCACUCCAGUAAUGGCAAACGCAGGGCUGCAGCUCCUCGGCUACACUUUGGCUUUUUUGGGACUUCUUGGUCUCAUCGCCUCCACGGUCAUGCCCGAGUGGAAGAUGUCCUCAUACGCCGGGGACAACAUCAUCACCGCGCAGGCCAUGUAUGAGGGGCUCUGGAGCUCCUGUGUGUAUCAGAGCACCGGACAGAUGCAGUGCAAAGCCUAUGACUCCUUACUGCAGCUCCCAGGGGAAGUUCAGGCAGCUCGUGGUUUCAUGAUCACCUCCAUCCUCCUGUGCUGUGUGGGUCUGCUGGUGGCUGCCGUCGGCAUGAAGUGCACCACCUGUCUGUCUGACGCAAAGGAACAGAAGAGCAAAGUGGCGGUGGCCGGAGGCGUCCUCUUCAUCAUUGCAGGGGUUUGCGCUCUUGUUGCCACCAGCUGGUACGGAGAAAACAUAAGAAAGAAGUUCUUCGAUCCGUUUACUCCAACAAAUGGAAGAUACGAGUUCGGGAAGGCUCUGUACGUGGGCUGGGGCGCGUCGGCUCUGACCGUCAUCGGCGGGAUCAUGCUCUGCUGUAACUGCGCCAGUAAACCCGCUGGGAAAUCCUACCCGCCGCCCCGCGCCGCAGGACGACCGGGAACAGACCGCGUGUGAGUCCAGACAGAAACAGCACGUGAACACAACAACACAUGAGCGAUGAGCCAAGCAGCUUUGGCUUCGUUGAUAUAUGAAUUGCUUUAUUACUCAAAUUAAAUUUCUCAUGUGGUUCCAAAGGACUUGAUCAGCUUUAUCAGUGUCAGUUUAUCAAUUUAUCAAUGUCAAUAUUUCCUUGUCAAUAUUCAGUAAACAAAUGUUUUGAUAAAUACAUUUUCUGCACUGAUGUUAUUAAAAAGUAUAUUAUUCAGUAAUAACUCUAUUCCACUAGUGUCACUGGUGUCCUGAACACGCCUGCCGUUCUGCCCAUUGGUCGAUCGCACUGAUAGCUCCGCCCCAAACUCAAAUCAUUGCUUGAGUUAUGGCUCCCAUAGUUGAGCUAUGCUCCCAUCCAAAGUUGCAAAUUAAACUUAUGUGAAAAAUCGGAUUUGAUGUCCAUCUAGGUGUUCAUAUUUGAGGUUGCUCUAGGGGUUUACAGCAUUCUUUAAAGCAUAUCCCAAAUUGUACAUAUAUAUAUGUAGAUAGAAACACAGCUAUUGUGACAGUGCUGGGUUGAUGAGUAAUGCUUAAACAAACCAAGUUACAAACUACAAAUGACUCUGAACAUCAAACUGAGACAGAAGAAAUGAUCUGAACAUCCAAAACAACUACAUCAGCUUAAUGUUCACCAGUGUCGUUCACUUGUGAUCUACAGAUAUUCUAUAAACACGAUGAUCCUGGA